UCGCGGCCGCGUCACUCCCGGCUCUCCCGCCCGCUGAUUGGCGGGGCGCGAGGGGCGGGCCGAGGCGGCCGGCGGGCAGGAAGGCGCCAUGGCGGCCGUGGCCCAGUGCGUGCGGGGAGCGCUGCGCCCGCGCCUCCCGCUGCUGAGCGUGGCGCUGAGAACAUCUCCACGACUGCUUUGUGCAGCAACACAGCAGAAAAAUACUGGCCAGAACUUGGAAGAGGACCAGAGUCAGAGCCAAAGUGAGCAGAAGGUGGAACCCAGCUCUGCUGAAAAGCUGCUAGCUGAAGAAAAGGCCAAACUGGAAGAGCAACUAAAAGAAGUUACUGAGAAGUACAAGCGUGCCUUGGCAGAUGCAGAAAACGUGAGGCAAAGAAGCCAGAAACUGGUGGAGGAGGCAAAGUUAUACGGGAUCCAGAGCUUCUGUAAGGACUUACUAGAAGUUGCAGACAUUUUGGAGAAAGCAACAGAAAGCGUUCCAAAAGAAGAAAUUAAAGAUGAUAAUCCUCACUUGAAGAGCUUAUACGAAGGUCUUGUCAUGACAGAAGUCCAGAUUCAGAAAGUGUUCAAAAAGCAUGGGCUGCUGAGACUGAACCCUGUGGGAGCCAAGUUCGAUCCCUACGAGCACGAGGCGCUGUUCCACACGCCCGUGGAGGGCCAGGAGCCCGGCACCAUCGCGCUGGUUUCCAAGAUCGGCUACAAGCUGCACGGGCGCACGCUGCGGCCCGCCCUCGUGGGGGUGGUCAAAGACGCUUAGCUGCUCGAGCUGAGAGUUACAAAUGCCAUACAACUAUUAAACAGCUGGAUGGUUUUUCUCUCACACCGUGCUUCCCUCGUUCCUCUGCUCCCUGAGAGGUUUAAAUGAGUUGGUUGAGGUUUCCCAGUGAAAAUGAAGUAACCGAUGAAAUUCUCCUGCUUAGUGGCCUUCAACGUCACUGUUCCACAAGCUCUUCUUCAAUGUGAACUACAAGAGCCAUUAAGCCCUCUAAUGCUUUAGAUUAGGUAAUGUUUUUUACAACUAUUGCUCCUGAGAUGGUGAAUUAAAUUGAAAAGAAUGAAAUGCUCACAAGAAAGUUGCAAUUUCAAGUUCAUCACUGCGUGUAGAUUGAAAAUGCAGAUAGUGAUUCAAACACUUCCUUUGGUUUUCUAGAAUCUCACAUUGCAGAAGUGGGUGAUGCAGUACAAAUAACCUGCCUUCUGCAAGCACCCAUCAGCUUUUACACACUGAUGUGAUAAAUGCCCUCUUUUGUCCAUUCAAAAAUAAUCUCAACAACUGCAACUGAAACCUGUGUGAAUUUUGAACUGUAAAUAAAUGGCAAUGGAGAUUAGA